AUGGGCUCGCGCACUCGCGCGAUAGAGGUCUUGGCCACCGGGUGGGAUUCGAGGAACUGCGCCGCCAAGCUCGAGACAAGUCUUUGCGAUGCGUAUCCCAAAGAGUCUAGGAGUAAUGAAGUCAAGACUAUCGCCAUCGCGCUGUCAGUCAUCACAUUUCCCGUUGUUGCGUUGCGGUGCAUAUCAAGAUGGAAGAUCACCAACAAGUUGUGGUGGGAUGACUGGACAGCCAUCUUCGCAACAAUGUUGCUAGCUGGCUUGGCCGGCAUCGAAAUUGCGAGUGCCGACCUAGGAUUCGGAACUCACUACUGGAACAUUGAACUCGAUGCUGGAACGAAACUACUCAAGCUUUUCUACGCCGUUCAGCAACUCUACAUCAUGAUUCAAGUCUUCGCCAAAAUCUCGAUCCUGUUGUUCUUCUCCCGAAUUUUCCCGGCAAAGUGGUUCCAGCUCACCGUCCGCUACUUUAUCAUGUUUUUGCUGCUCCACGGGCUGAUAUUCCUGCUGGUUAUCGUGUUCCAAUGCACGCCAGUCUCUUCGGUCUGGGACAGAAGCAACCCGAACCGGACAUGCCUCAACGUGACCGCCAUUGGAUACGCCGGAGCAGUCUUCAGUAUUGUGGAAGACUUGGUGAUCUUGGUUCUGCCUAUCCCCGAGUUGGUGAAGCUCCAGCUCAAUAUAAGGAAGAAAAUUGCGCUGGGCUUCAUGUUCAGCCUUGGCUCAUUUGCCUGUAUCACAACUAUGGUUCGUUUGAAAUAUCUCGUCAUGUUCUCGAGCACUUUCGAUACUACGUGGGACAACGUCGACAUUGUCAUAUGGUCCAUCAUCGAGGAAUUCUGCGCCAUCCUCUGCGCAAGUCUUCCAGCACUCCGGCCUUUGCUUCAAAAGGUCCCGCAACUCUUCUCCAGCAACAAGACCAACACCAAAGAUAAAAGCUUAGGGACGGUAAACUCAAGACGCUCUAUGCUCAAUAUUGGAAAGGACAAGUUCCACGAAAUUCCUGAGACGCCGUCGAUGGCUUCAGAGCUACCACCCACACCAAUCGAUCUUGCAGACGAGAUGGCGGCAAAGGCCGACGGGAAGCGUCAAGUCCUCAUCACCAAGGAUGUAAAGGUCAACGUAGCCAAUUUUGAGCUGCAAAAUGUCAAGUCUGGCAGGAAAUGGCAAAAGAACGAAAAUGGGAGGUUCUAA